AUGACCGGCACAAAUCGCGCGAAUAGCGCUGUGGAAGCGGUCGAGCAUGAAAUGAAACAGGUACAAAAUCGAGUUAAACCACAACGUCCCGAAUUUCCAAAUUUGCUCAGCUACACGGCUGUGAGACAUUUUCUGCAUGCACUGGAGUUAUGGGUUUGGUCGUGCAUUCUCAACUUGGCAUGCAUCCAAUGGAUAGUCGUGCAGGUACAGAAAACAUUGAUUCGUGUCCUACAAGUUGGACCAUUGCCAAAGCACGUUUCUUUCAUUAUGGAUGGUAACAGAAGAUAUGCAAAGUCCUUGAGCAUGCCCACAAAAUCUGGCCACGAAGCUGGUGCUGUGACGCUGCUGAAUUUACUCGCCGCGUGUAAAAGUAUUGGGAUCAAGACUGUCUCUGCAUACGCGUUUUCCAUAGAGAACUUUAACAGACCUCGCGAGGAAGUCGACGUUUUGACAUCCUUGCUAGCCGAAAAGCUUGAUGAAGUUGCGCACAGGGCGCAAGAUCGUAACAGUGAGCUUUACGGACUUCGCUUGUGCGUCAUAGGUGAAAGAUCCAUGAUCUCAAAAAAUCUGAACGACAAAAUUACGCGUGUUGAGAGAAUGACUGAUGCAGGCGAAUCCAUGAUUUUGUAUAUUUGUUUCCCGUACACCUCCCGAAACGACAUUUACCAUGCGGUUUAUGAUGCCGCAGAGGGCUGCAAAUACCAUGGCCAACGGGCAGCCGAUAUUGAUGUCCAAAAUUUCACAAAACGGAUGUUUUUGGGAGACUACGCCAAUAAAUGUGAUCUUCUGAUUCGCACCAGCGGCCACACGCGGUUAUCGGAUUACAUGUUGUGGCAAGUCCACGAAAACGGCGUAGUCGAAUUCACUAACACUCUGUGGCCAGAUUUUUCAUUUAUCGAGUUUUUCUCUAUGCUACUGAAGUGGAGUUUUUUCACCAGUUUACAGCGUCGACAGCUGGCCAAAGUUUCGCUUAGAUCUCAAACAAUGCACUUCCUGAAGGAUAAUUUGCUCCCUUUCAAGCGCAAGCAGAUCUCUUAUGAGGACUUACCAGAGGCACCGCAGUCGGUGUCUGUGGUAUUACGCCAGUAA